AUGGGAGGAUGUUUUAUAUUAAUUUUUCAAGGGCUCAUUUUUAAUAUUUUAACCAAAUCCUCUUUUGGAUAUGGCGAUUUGGAUUUAAAUCCAAAUGAUUUUAAAGAAGAGUCAAUAACUGCAGAUAUGUGUUCGAAAGUUUACUCUGUCAAAUGGAGAAGCGUACCAAAGAAAAAAGAAUAUGCUGGAAAUUAUCAAAAUAAAAUUGGAAUUCAUACUAUACAGGAGUGUUUGAAUGCUUGUUGUGCUGAUAAAACUUGUAAUGUUGUAUUCAUGCACGGUCCAAAAUGUUUUCACAUUCAGUGUGUUAGUAAUUACGACUGUUUACCAGAGUUCAGAUCGGAAGAAAAAUUUCAAGAUACCAAAAUGAUAUUGGUAUCACCGGUCGGUUCGAAAGAUUGGGACGAUUCUUAUUUUUCAGCUUCACCCGAUGACGAAUACAGUGGUAAAGAUGAGGAGUCUGCAAUAUUAGAUCCCACUUAUUACACAUCAUCUGGUGGCAGAUCGUGUGAAAUUGGGGUGCUAAUGAGUUGCGGAAAAAAUGAAAUAUGCGAAAAUAUUUCAAUAGCAUCUAGUAGGUCUAGAAAUGGUAUUUGUCAGUGCAUGGAUGGUUAUUUAAGAGAUCAAACAGGCUCUUGCAUCCCAAAGAUGGAUGAAUCUGCAUUGAAAAUCGAUUUGAGCGAACCAUCAGUGUCUCAGACUACGAAACAAUUAAACGAUGGCGAACAAACAUCUUCGAAGCCACUGAAACCGAUAGUUGUUAGAGUUGUUCCCAAAGUUGUUAAACUACCAGAAAAUGAAGUCACACUUUCGGCUUAUACAGUGCCAUCAGAACAAACAGGAGAGCAUUUUAAUUUCAAUUGGAAAUUACUUGUGCAACCUGAAGGUGGUAACACUGGAGUCAUGACAGAACAAAGUGGAGGAACUUUAAAAUUAAGUCAUUUGAUUGAAGGGAUUUACAAAUUCAAAGUUACCGUCUCGGCUCCAGAUGCAUAUGGAGAAACAUUUACAAAUGUGACAGUUUUACCUCCAAACAGAAUUAAUAAGCCACCGGUGGUUAUAAUAACUCCUGCUGCGCAGACUAUUAAACUACCAAACACGGUAGCAGUUCUCGACGGGUCUCCCAGUUAUGACGAUGACAAAAUUGUCAGAUGGCAUUGGGAAUUACAAAGCGGUCCUCUCAAUUAUCAACCGACGUUAGGAGAUUCUCUGACAUUACAAUUAAAAGAUUUAAAUAUUCCUGGAAAUUACACUUUUAAGCUUACGGUUGAAGAUUCCGAUGGUGCUUCUAAUUUCACAACUGCCAACAUAACCGUCGUCAAAGGAACGGAUUAUCCCCCCGAAGCGAAUGCGGGAAAUGACGUCAUAGUUUAUUUACCGGUAAACAGUGUUACUUUAAACGGAAAUAUGAGUACCGACGAUAGGGGAAUAGUUUCGUGGGAAUGGACGAGAACGCACACCGGCCGGGAUAAAGCUGUCGACAUGCAGAACACUCGAACGCCUUAUCUACAACUUUCAAAUUUGGAAGAGGGAAUGUAUACGUUUGUUUUAAAAGUGAUAGAUAGUAGCGGUCAAUCUUCUCUGGCGGAAACUCACGUUUUCGUCAAACUUCCGACGAAUAAACCUCCGACAGCGAACGCUGGCGAAGACAUAAUUGUAUCUCUACCACGCACAUGGACGAUACUAGAUGCUUCCAUGAGUAAGGGUGAUAUAAAAAUCGAAUCGUACAAUUGGGAACAAUUGUCGGGACCUAAUAAAGCCGUACUCACGCCUGCCAACUCAUCCAAAUCAAAUGCAACGGAACUCACGAAAGGAAAAUACGAAUUUCAAGUGACCGUUGUCGAUUCGAACGGAAAUAGCGCUUCCGAUUCCGUUUUCGUUAUCGUGAAUCAAAAUGAAAAUGCUCCUCCGAAAGCGAAUGCCGGUGGAGACAGAACGGUUAUUUUACCCGUGAGUUUGAUAACUCUCAACGGUUCGGGAUCAACGGAUGAUUGGGCAAUUAAAAAAUGGGAAUGGACGCGAGAUAGUUCGAGUUUGGCUUUGGGAAGAGUUUUGGGAAAUUCCGAUAAGUCUCCUAUUUUACGGUUGACUGAUUUAAUACCCGGGAGAUUUGUGUUUAAAUUAAAAGUUACCGAUAAUCAGGGUUUGUCUGGAGAAGAUACCGUUUCAAUCAUAGUCAAACCGGAUCCAAAUUUAAAAAAUUUAGUCGAAUUAAUAUUAAAUAUCGAAGGGAGUUCAUUGACCGUUUCUCAGGAACAAUCGCUAGAAGCCAAAUUGAGUUUGUUAUUAAGAAAUGCUGUGAUACACGUUAGGCAAUUAACGACGGAACACAACACAGGUCGUGCCAUUCUAGUCUUUUACGCGGGUGACGUAGCCGGAGAUAAAACCGUCAUGUCGGGUCCGCAAGUCGUGACUCUACUCAAACAAAAACUUAAACAAGAUUCUAGUCUUUUAGAAUUGUCGGUUGCCAACAUUCAAACGGUCGUUUGCCAAAAUAAUUGUUCGGGUCACGGAACGUGCGACGAAAGUAGCAGACGAUGCUUGUGCGAAGCUUUUUGGAUGCAAAGUUUCGUUAGGAAAUAUUUCGGUGAUGGAGAAUCCAAUUGCGAUUGGAGCAUUUUGUACGUCAUAAUCGUUUUUUUCGCGGGUGCGUUCGUGACGGCCGGUUGUAGUUGGGGCAUCACUUGUUUAAUACAAAAACCUUUUCGAAAACCGAGAAAACGACAAAGGUAUUCGCUGAUAGACGACGAAGAAGAGUCAACAAUGCGUGCUCUUAACAAAAGCGUCAUGGUAUCCGACACGGAUUCAGAUUCUGACGUUUUGUUCAAUGCUAGGGAUAAAAACGGAGGACAAGAUUUGAAAAAUGGGAAGCGACCCCCGCGAAACGGUUUCGUCAAAUUGGGAAAACGUAUUAAAACGUGA